UUGGGACAAAGCCGGUGCACCAUCUCAUCCCCUGCAGAGGAGGUUGCCCUUGGGGCUCUGGGGAAGUGAAGACCCUGUAUCCUCUGGAGCAGGGGAGGGGGUUUAGGGGAAUGUCCCCCCAUUCAGGCUGGGUUAGUGCUGGACCCAGCCCCAGCUGAAGAAAAUGCAAAGAUUUCAAGCCAAACGUGGGCAAUGCACAGGAAUGCUGGUCUUCACCCGGCCCUCUGGGACACAGGGUAGACACCUGCUUCCUUUGCAGCCACACGCUCAGCAGGCCUCCUGGUGCGCUGCCAGGCUGCCAGAGCCCCCCACCCUGUAGCCUUGGGGAAGGUGCACUGAGCUGAGAGGCAGGAACUCAUGAGCUCAGUGCUCCUUUCUCCUGCCUGCGGUCAUAUUGCCGUGCACUCCCCAGAGCCUAUUCUCCCCCCGCCCCCACCUUGCACUCCAACGCCAGGAGGCAGUCAAGUAGUAACCCUACCCCCUCUUACUAUGGUAACCGAUGCACAGGGUCACUUCAAGCAAAUUGGGACUAACACCCCAGCCUCUGGCAUGACCGACCCAAACUCAGCCACGCUGUCUGGCAGAGUGAAUGUGCCAAAUAUAUGUGCUUUGGCUACCCUAUCCCUCACCAUGAGACGACACUCCCCUCCAAGGGCAGGGAGAGGACCCAGGAGUCCUGUGUCCUGUAUUCCCACGCUGUCUAGCAAAUGGUCAAGUGUACAUCCCUUCCCCCUCGAGUGGCUAGUCCCCAUAGGAAAGCCAGUGGCACUGGCAGAGGUGUGUGCUAGGUCUCCAACAGGCCAGAGCUCAACCCUGCUGGCUGCCACAGCAGCGAUGGUUCCCAGCCUGUUCAGUGCUGUAAAUGGCAGAGCCCCAUGCAACAUGCUGCAGGUACCGCCAAUACAGUCACGCGUCCCAUGGUGGCAGGUUAGGGAUGAGCUUAUUGAGCCUUGGCCAGCAGCUCUGCUGCCUGCUGAGCCACUAGUAGGUUUGGGAAGCCGCUGCAGCGGGAAACUCCUCUGGUACCAGCCAGCGUGUUUGCCAGUGAGCUCUGGGCACCGGCUGAGGGAGAAACUGGGCUCAAGUGACCGAGGAGCUGAUUGGGGAAGUGCCCAUGGGAGGGGAGGAAACUGCCCCCAGUUCCACUUGGGGGUAAAGAGGGCAGGAAACAGGCAGAUCCACGUGGGGAUCCAGAUUGGUUGGAAGCCAGCUCCAGAGUUACAGGCCCUACUCUGGCUCCAGCUCGCAGCCUGGGGGCCUUUCCCAGCACAGCCAGGAGAGUUAAUACAGUCUCAGUCCUUGCAGCUUUUCCACAGGGGGUGGGGGGGGAAGAGUGCUCUCCCCAACAUCUGGGAGGCUCCACCCUGGAGGGGGGCAGAUCCCCCUGCUCUGCACAGGCCAGGGGAGGGGGCUCCAUGCUUCCCCCCCACCAGGCUCACCCUCAGCUGUCCAUCAAACAGCUUGGCCUCCCCACAUGCCGUCGGGUGUGCUGCCUGGCAUUGGCACAGAUGCACAAGCUCUGGCCCCUGAGGGGCCCUGGGAGCGGGCUGUUCAUGGAAUCACUGCAUUUGGGGCACAGGGGUUCUGGGCUUUUUUAAAAAAAUGCCCUCUACAUUUUGGACCAAACUCCCCCACCACCCCCACUUAACCCACCAGCAGCCAGAGGCAGGAUGCAGGAGGUAGAUUGGCACUAAGCUAUUCCUCAGUGCUCUAGGACUGAUGGGAAUCCCCCCAGGCCCUGCCUGGCAGGCUGGGCUUUAGGCACUGUCUAGACAGCCCCUGCGAGCGGCCAGCUUGCUGUACGUGCAUGUGAACAGUGUAGUUAUGACACCCCUUCCUCUCCAUGCAGAGCCCUGCCCCAGCUCCUUUGCCAGGCCUGAUGCCAGCCCACCCAGCAAGCAGGGGGCCACACAUUCUCGCACUCCCCUGUUUUUAAUGUUCCUUGUUUGUAAUGGUUUUAUACGUGUGUUCACUGUGACGUGGAAAUAAAGUCUAGGAGGAGA